AUGGCUGCAGCUCAGGCUUCUUCUUCUUCAUCAUCAUCAUCAUCCUCUUCUGGUUCAGCUACUUAUGAUGUUUUCUUGAGCUUUCACGGCAAAGACGUUCGCCAAAAUUUCGCCGAUCACCUCUACCAUGCCUUGAUUAAUGCUGGAAUUAAAACAUUUAGGGAUGAGGAUGAACUCCGUGAGGGAAAAGAGAUUGGCCCGGAGCUCCUCGAUGCAAUCCAAAAGUCUAGAAUCUGCAUUCCUAUCUUCUCGGAGAAUUAUACAUCAAGCAAAUGGUGUCUGAAUGAGGUAGCCGAGAUAUCUGAAUGUAGAAGAACAAAGGAUCAGAUCGUGAUGCCCAUUUUCUACAAAGUUGGACCAACCGAUGUGCGAAACCAGACCGGUACAUUUGAGAAGGUCUUUCAAGAACACCAGAUGCGGUUCAACGAGACAACCAUACAAAAGUGGCGAAAUGCUCUGAAAGAGGUUGGAAAUUUGAAAGGAUGGCAUUCGGAAAAAGACACUACGUAA